AUGAAGAAGAUAGAGGCAUUGAUAAGAGGGCAAUUAGACGCUGAAACGCCCGUUGAAGUAGGGGAUGGAGAAUUUCUGAUGAGCGUUGCACUGGGAACGCCCUCUGUGAGCUUCGAAGCGAUUGUGGACACGGGGAGCGAUCUGAUUUGGACUCAGUGCAAGCCUUGCAAGGACUGCUUCUCUCAGCCUACGCCAAUCUUCGACCCCUCCAAGUCCCCCACAUUUUCCACAAUUCCCUGCGGUGAUUCUCUUUGUGACGCCUUGGGGAGUACACAAACCGGAUGCAAUCCAGAUUGUACCUUUAUGUAUCAGUAUGGCGAUGGUUCCUUCACCAGCGGCGACCUGGCUUACGAGACAUUGUCAAUUGGGAGCAGCAAGUUUAAAGGCAUUGCAUUUGGAUGCGGGCAUGACAACGAAGGACAAGGAUUCUCUCAGGGUGGUGGCCUUGUGGGACUGGGAAGAGGUGGUCUCUCCCUUAUCUCACAGCUGGGUUCCAAAGCAGAGAACAUGUUCUCUUACUGUCUUUUGCCCAUCACCGACUCUUCUUCACAAACCAGCCCCCUCUUUUUCGGCGAGGGUGCUUCCUUGAGCGGAGGAGCCAAGACUCUCCCACUCAUCAAGAGCAGUAUCAUUCCCACUUUCUGGUACAUUCCUAUUACAGGAAUCACCCUCAAUGGUAAGGCACUAGAUAUUCCUCCUGGAACUUUCGAUCUGCAAUCCGACGGCAGCGGAGGUUUGGAUCUUUGUUACCACACAUCAUCCGCUCACCUCACCUUGCCAACCCUCGUCUUCAACUUCAAAGGCGGCGUGGAUUACGAGCUUCCGGCAGACAACUUUUUCAUUCAGGCAUCUGAAAAUCUCUUGUGCCUGGCAAUGUUGGGUGAACCAUCGGGGAAUCCUUCCAUCUUCGGAAACAUACAGCAGCAAAACUUCCAUAUCCUUUACAACAAAGCUCAGAACACGCUCUCUUUCAAGCCCACUAAGUGUGAUUCUCUUUAA